AUGCCGUUUGCAAGCGUCUGCCUGCCCUGCCUGCUCAGAACCUCCAACAUUGCGGAACAAGCUCGACUGCCCCCGACCGAGGACCAGCUGAACAAGGCCGCAGACAAAGCCCAAGCCAAAGCCGACCGUGCCGCCGCCAAAGAAGCCGCAAAAGUCGAGCGGAAGUGCCAGCGUGAUGAGAAGGAGAACGAGUAUGCCCAAACGGAGCUCAAGUUCUUGAAGGAGCUCAAGUCGUCCGUCAAGGCCCACGCUCGCUCUGCCACGUUUGCUUGCGGUGGAUGUGUCCCGUUCAAGACGAAAGGUGUCGCCGACCAACAAGAUGCUGGCAAUGCUAUUGACGCCAUCCAGAUCCGCUUUGGCGAGAACGGCAGGGGCGUCGUUCUGAGCCUCCCGCAAGACAGCGCCUCCAUGGGGGAGCUCAACGCCCUCGUCGACGAAUGCCAACCUGCUUCCUUCGGACGUGGCAACGAGGAGGUUCACGACGAGGACUAUCGCAAAGCUGGCAAGCUCGACAGGUCUGCGUUUGCGACGACCUUCUGCCCGUACGAAGCCGGCAUCAUCGAUGUUGUAUCGCAGCUCCUGGUGCCGCAGACCAAGCAGGACCUGCACCACUGCAGCAUCAAGGCUGAGCUGUACAAGCUCAAUGUGUACAGCGCCCCGAGUGGAAAGUUCAAGGCCCACGUCGACACGCCACGCAGCGAGACUCAAAUUGGCAGCCUCGUCGUUUCCUUGCCUGUAGAUCACGAAGGUGGCCAGCUGGCUGUCCGCAACGCUGACAAGGAGCUGGUCUUCGACUGGUCUUCUUCUGUCAACAAGGCAGAUGGUAAGAAGGCUGGAGCAUCCAUCAAGUGGGCUGCCUUCUACAGCGAUUGUGAGCACGAGGUGUAUGAGGUUACGUCGGGCCAUCGCAUCACCUUGACCUACAACCUCUUCGUCACUCGUAAGUGCAGCGUACUCAAAGUGUUCAUAACCCUUGAUGACUCCAUCAACCAAGGUGGCCUCGGCCAUCUCGCCGGCUCUCCAUCUGCUCUCGAGCCAAAGCACCUCCCGCUGUACGACACUCUCAAGACCGCUCUGGCGUCUCCAGGCUUCCUUCGCCACGGCAAGUACCCCAUCCCCUCUCAACUCACCUCUAUCAUCCUAACUUCGACCACCCCAGGCCGCGUCCUCGCCAUCUGGCUCAACCACAGCUACGCCCACACAAACAAGCACCUCAACUUCCUCCCCAGCUCGCUCAAAGGCGCCGACAUGUCCUUAUACGAGACCGCCCACGCCUUAGGACUCUGGUGCAAGCUCGGUCCCAUCAUCACGACAGACUGGGGCUACGACGACGAAUCCAGCCAUCGUCUCGCAUCCAAAUUCCUCGGCUUCAACGAGUGUAAUAAUGGCAGCGGCAACCUGGACCCGGAGGGCGGAGAGGGCUUUGGGUAUGCCUUGCCGGAGGGGAUGGUGACGUGGAUCAAUCCGUUCCCGAAGAAGACCCAGGGGCGCGCUGGUGGGGAUGUCGAGGCGGGAGCGAAGCAGUCCAAGGAGGCGCAGAUGGCGUAUAUGACGUACGGCAACGAGCCCGGCAUCGACAUCUGGUACUCUCGUGCCGUGAUGCUGAUCCGCGUCCCACCUUUCCGUCUGCGAGGCAGCGAGCAUCCCGAGCAGUUUUGGUCUGGGAUUCGCAAUGAUUGGGCGGAGGAUGAUGAGUAUGAUGUCUAUGAUGAUUUUGAGGACUAUGAAGAUUAUCAUGGGUAUACUUAG